UUUUAGUGAAUGUAAAUGUGUGAAUGGUCAAUGGUGAUUCAUGUUGUAUUUUUGAGCAUCUGUCAUCUUGGGUCUAGUUGAAUUUAAAUUUUUAAUAUAAAAUAAUUUAAGUAACAUAAGCGUAAUGAAAAGGUCCUAGGUAUUUUAUAACUGUGAGGUGCAACUUUAAAAUGAACAUGAAUAUUAUGUAAAGAAACAGAAUUUCGAUACAACUAUGGCGGAAAAGAAACUCCACGAAAACCCACUUCCAGAGGCUUCUCAAAUGGAGCCAGAUAAGCUCAAGGAUAUGCCACAACCUGCCCAAAAGUCAACUGUAACGGUGCCAGUAGUACCUGCACCAACCUCCCGCUUUAGCUUCCCCUCAUUGACAAAGACUCCACCCAAUGAAUUGUACAGGAAAUUGUUGCCUGCCAUCCUUUUUGUGCUUACAUUUGUUACUGUUAUGACAAUGCUCCUCAUUUAUAUGGAUACAGUUGCUUUAGGUGCUCAGCAGUUCCGUCUUAACAUGUCUCGUGACUAUGAGCUGGCUCGUAUCCCUGCUGAAUCAGCAACAUUGGUAGCCUAUGUGAGGCAAUUGCACCUUGCUCCAAGGCCACCUAAGAGCCCACCUCCUGCACCAUCAAUUACUGAUAGAGUGGAAGUUCUUGAUAAACUCUAUGGAGAAAUUUACAAUGGGACGUUUGUCGAGUUUAUGCCUCGUGGCGGCCGUGAGCCUACCACGGCUUAUCUGGAAACUGCUCGUGGGUGGAGAGGAGUUGUAGUUAGAGCAGCUCCUAGAGAUUUUUUGGCACUGCGAGGCACAGCCAGUGCUCUACAUGCUUGUCUAAGCCCUACUACACAUCCUAGGGAGGUGAGCUACCAAGAGCCGGAAAGCAGUGGCGUAUCGUUCAGUUCGCGGGUGCUCUGCCUACCUUUGUACACGGUGCUGUUGGCAGCAGAUGCCGUCACUGCGGACUACGCCCUUAUUGCUGGAGAUUCCGCCCCUGCUGCUCUCACUCAUUUGCCUUUUAAUGAACCUAGUGUGCGGCUACAGGUAAUCGAAUUCCGUUCCACGGACAUGUCGGCUCGUAACAGAACCACGGAAUUCCUGCUUGGUAAGAACUACACUGUAGCGGCUGAGUUCCGAGACGGCGUUAUGUACGCACUUAAAAAAUCACUGCCAUAGAGAAGUGCCUUUGAUAGACUAAAAUAUACAUUGCAUUGCAAAUUGUUAAUUGAAUAAAACAUGCAUAAAGCCAUAAAUCAUUACAAUUGUAACGAUUUUUAUUUUUUAGGCAAGGCUACGAUAGAUUUUUAAAUAAUGAGAGGAAUAGUUUCCAGGAAAUAAUUAAGUUUGGAAUCAGUUUUUUUUAUACUUUACUCCGUGUGACCUUCAAGUCAAAAAUAUUUUAUUCACUUUUGUGUAUGUAAUCAACAUUUACAAAUUCCAAUCAAAUUGUUAAAUAAUGUUAUCUAUUGAUUUGCAAUGCAAUGGUUUCGUAGUAAUCGCAUUCACUGUGACGUAGACGUCGUAUAGAAAAAUGACAAUACCUUAGAGGCCUCCAAUUAUCGAACAAAUAGUAUUAAAAGAUAUUUUGUGAUGAAACCAACUGUUCAUGAACGAAUUUUAAUUCAAAAUAGUGACAUUUUACUAAUAAAUUUGAAAAUAUUUUAAUUCAGUGAUUUUAAUUAUAUGGUUAUUAUUUUAACUAGAUUUAAGUACCGCGUAAUAGGGUUAAGUAUGCACUACACUUAUGAAACUCAAGUUCCUUGCAACGUUUAACUAUUUUUGUCACAUUUACAUGAUUCACUAUGCCCACAAAAGUGCAGUGCGAGGAGAACUUUUUUUACAAGAAAGUAUUGUAUAAUUACUCGUGAUUAUGUAUUUUUUUCUUUGUUCGAGACAGCUUUGCUGAAUAUUGUCUAUUUUCAAUAUUCUUUGUACAUGGUGCUGUUGGCAGCAGCAGAUUAUAUUUCAUCUUUAGUAUCUGCUCUAAUACGUAAUCUCAAUUUCCACUAGUUUUAUCGAAUAUUAUAACAAUUUGUUAAUUAAAAAGACUGAUAUGGUUUAUGAUUCUCUUUUUAAUUUGAUUUAAAAUUAUAUUUUUGUAUAAUUUCAGUAUUAAUAAGUGAUUUUAAUGAAUUUGAUGUAUUCUGCUGCAAGACUUUAUUUUUGUUAUAUUCAUAUGAUAAAAAUAAAGUGUUGAUUAGUUCUAAGUGAAUAAUGUUUCGUUGUAAUUAGAUUAAACUAUUGAAUAUAAUGCAAAGCGCUUAUUUUCACAAUUAAAUCGCUUUAAUGAACUUAUAUAGUUUUUAUUCUGUAACUAAGUAUCGUUAAACCCUUAUUAAUUUACACUAAUAUAACAAUUAAUCGAUUAAGUCUACUUCAUUGCCCACACUGGCUAUGGCAAUAA